UAAAGCUGUUGUUAUUUUCGUACAGAUGCUGACUGGCCUGAUAAGGACCUUGAUAUUACACUGUGUAUUAUAUGUGUCUCAGGAAUAAGUGUAGCCCGAGUAGAGGAACAUCGUGAAGAUUUGCGCGCAGGGGCCAUAUCGUCCUUCCUCUACGGUGUGGUGGUAGGAUCCGGAGGAUCCCUGGCGGGAGCAGGCAGGAGGUGACGCAGCGGCGGCCAUCUUCUCCUUCUGUGUGUAGGUGCUGGGUGUUUGUGUGCAGCUCCCGGGCUGUGAGGACGCCGUUCCUGUUUUCCUGGCCGCCUGUUCCCACUGCCCUCUAUUUCCGUGAACGUAAAGUGAGACGGGCCGGGAUUUCCGUGAAGUGUUGUAGUUCUCGUAUUGAGGUGAUAGAAGACUGCCUGGUAUCGCGGCCUCCGCCUGCUCCGCCUCUCCCUCUCUUUGCCGCCGCCUCCUCCUCCCCCUCUCUCAGCGAGACCCCCGGUCCAGAGCAUGGGUGGGUCGGGGUGGAGCAGGGUGUACAGCCCGCUGAGCACUGCCGCUCACAAGCAAAGGGGUCCGUUGGGGUCCCUGGUGUUUUCUUGACAUGGAUCCCCCCGGAGUUGUCACCCUCACCACCGCCAGCCUCCCCCAGAAGAGACAGCUGAGCCGGCAUCCUGACACCAGCAUUCAGCCUCCAGCAGACAUGACAGGUAGCCGGUGUGGCUAGGACACCAGACAGCCCCUCUGACCCAGCGGUAACCUCUUCCUCCCCAGUGUGAACGGCGGCCUAGGCGCACGACCCCAUACACAACUUUUUAGUUUUGUUUUUAAUAUGUCGCACGCGAUCGCGACAUGACUGCCUGCACUCCUUACCGUUGACCCUUCCUGUAGGGAGCGCUCUCUAGGCUGGUGACACUGAUUGCCCCCUUACCUUCCCUGUGCCCUGGCACCAUGCUGUUCCUUCCUAUGGGGUGUCGGCUGAACUUCCACAUGGGCUUCCUCUGUGCCCUUAAGCCCGGUGUUUUGGGGCGACUCAACCUGUGCUGUGAACACCCCACUCCCACCUGUCAGACAGAUAAAUAAGCGAUCUAUCUAGCGGUUUUUGCACUGUAGAGGUAAUAGGAAGAAGCAGGGAUCUCCUAAAGUACAGUGACGUCAUCUCUUGUCAUAUGAUGCAAUCUGUUUUCCUUCUUGUGAGCAGGGAGGUCUGGCUUGCAGGCCUAUGCAGGAUGGCUUUUGAUUGUAUGGUAUAGGCUGACAGAAGACAUCUUUAUUUGUAAUUUUUUUCAUCCGUGGGGCGCCCCCCUAGUGUUAACAGUUGUGUUAUUGGUUUUCUACAUGCAUAUGAUGCCUCUUUUAGUUUCACCAGAGAGUAACCUACUUCUUGUCUCGGUUGUACAGCCGCUCUGUUUCUCGACCCUGGUAGUAUGACAGGCCAAGUAGUGGUUUAGGUUGCGUUGACCCAUUGAGUCAUUGGAAGGAGGUAGCAUGGCUUGUUUCUGUUGACUUGGUGACUUAAGUGCACAAAAAGAAAAUACCCGAAAUUAGUGUCAAAUUAAAGUUACAUAGGCCAUCGCACCAGCAGCGCUACAAAAAUGGGGGACCCCAACUCUCGGAGGAAGCAGGCUCUGAACAGACUGCGCUCUCAGCUAAGGAAGAAGAAAGAGUCUCUAGCUGACCAGUUUGACUUCAAGAUGUACAUCGCUUUUGUGUUCAAAGAUAAGAAAAAGAAGUCGGCUCUCUUUGAAGUUGCUGAUGUUAUACCUGUUAUGACUAAUAAUUAUGAAGAAAAUAUUCUGAAGGGUGUGCGGGAUUCCAGCUAUUCCUUGGAGAGUUCCCUUGAGCUUUUGCAGAAGGAUAUAGUACAGCUUCAUGCACCUCGCUACCAGUCAAUGCGCAGGGAUGUUAUUGGGUGUACUCAAGAGAUGGACUUUAUUCUUUGGCCUCGGAAUGAUAUAGAGAAGAUUGUUUGUCUUCUGUUUUCAAGAUGGAAGGGAUCAGAAGAGCCCUACAGGCCUGUUUUGGCCAAGUUUGAAUUUCAUCAUGGUGAUUAUGAAAAACAUCUUCUGCAUGUACUUAGCCGGAAUGACAAGACUGGAAUUGUUCUGAACAAUCCUAACCAGUCAGUGUUCCUCUUUAUAGAUAGACAGCACUUGCAGACUCCAAAAAGCAAAGCCACAAUCCUCAAGUUAUGCAGUAUCUGCCUCUACCUGCCACAGGAGCAGCUCACUCAUUGGGCGGUUGGCACCAUUGAGGAUCAUCUUCGUCCAUUUAUGCCCGAAUAAGGUUGUGACCAGUCAAACUGGGAAGAUCAGUUAAUAGCUACAAUUUUAUUUUUCUUAUCCAAUUUCAAGAAAAAUAUGGACUCAUGCUUAGAACACUUGUACGUUGUGAAUCUUCAUGCUGGAUAGUUUUGUAAAUUUUUCUUUUUUUUUAAUCUUUUUUUUUUUUUUUUUCUUCAUUUUGUAUCUGAACUUUUUUUUUUUUUUUUUUUCCUUAAAUUUUUUUUGUUUUGCAUGGACCUUGUGAAAGAGAUGAUGAUCUGGAACAUCUAUGCUUUAGCCUUGUAAAAUGUGAAAUGAUGGGACUUUGGCACACUGAAUCAAAUGUAUCAGAAAGCACAAGGUAUUAUUUGUUUUGGUGGUCUUCCCAUUUGCACUGGUCAUAUCCCCUAACAAAGUUUAGAAUGUAAGGGUGAAAUGUAAAAGUAACAGAUCAAAAGCUUCACUGCUUUACCAAACUAUGAAAGCACUAUCUGAAUGGCUUCAAUGAAGCAAGGAUUUGCAGCAGUACAUAAAGGCUGACUUUGGACAGAUUUUAUAAGGAGAAAUCCUGUUUAUUUAGCAUUUGCUUUCAUACCUUAGUUCAUAUUGCAGGGAUGAGACAAAGUGUACAGGCACUUAAAAAUUUUGAUCUCUUCUCCCAGUUACUGCAUACAUUUCUGCAUUUCCCAUUGUGGGUGCAUUGACGUUUAUAUAGCCUAGAAGUCUGCAGUGGCUAUAUUAAAUGUAAGUCAAGUACUUGAGCACUGUGGAAAACAUGUUCUGGAUGGAGGAAAUAAGACAUAAACCUGCUGGUGUUUAGUGCAGUUAUUACUUUUCUAGAAUAAAGUAAUACUUCUAUAAUAGUAAACCCAUGGUGGGUUCAGGAAACCUAAGUUAUAGCAGUUGCAAACUGUAAUUGAAAGUUGAAGCGUGCUGGGUUGGACAAGGAUAUUUUUAUUUUGUGCAAUGAAAAUAGGGUUGACUACUGUAUUGUAUUGAAAGGAAGCUUUGCUCAAAGGGUUUCAGUACACUUCUGAUAAAACUUGUAUAGGCCUGCUCCUGUUGGCUAAUACUAGUGCUUACCUGAUUUAAAUUUGUAUCUAGCUUUUGUUUGAAAUUGGAUUACAUUGAAAAAUUAAAAUAAACAAGCUUAAAUUUCAGCGUC